GAGGCCGACGCGACCAGCGUUCGUCGCCGCUGCCGCCGCCGCUGCCCGUGCGCUGAGAGGAGUCGUCGCGGCCAUCCCUGCCGCCCUCGCCGGCCAUCAUGUCCGCCCAGGCGCAGAUGCGGGCCCUGCUGGACCAGCUCAUGGGCACGGCCCGGGACGGUUCAGUGUAUCUUUGCCUGCCUACAUCAAUCUGCAAGGGAGUUGCAGAAAAGCCUCAUGUUCAUCGAGCCGAGACGAAACCAGACAGAGGGUCAAGUUUACAGAUGACCGUGUCUGCAAGAGUCACCUUCUGGACUGCUGCCCCCAUGAUAUCCUGGCUGGGACGCGCAUGGAUUUAGGAGAAUGUACCAAAAUCCACGACUUGGCCCUCCGAGCAGACUAUGAGAUUGCAAGUAAAGAAAGGGACCUGUUUUUUGAAUUAGAUGCAAUGGAUCACUUGGAGUCCUUUAUUGCCGAGUGUGAUCGGAGAACUGAGCUUGCCAAGAAGCGACUGGCAGAGACGCAGGAGGAGAUCAGUGCAGAAGUUUCUGCGAAGGCAGAAAAAGUACAUGAGUUGAAUGAAGAAAUCGGAAAACUUCUUGCUAAAGCUGAGCAGCUGGGAGCUGAAGGAAAUGUUGAUGAAUCCCAGAAAAUUCUUAUGGAAGUGGAAAAAGUCCGUGCAAAGAAAAAAGAAGCUGAGGAAGAAUACAGAAAUUCCAUGCCCGCUUCCAGUUUUCAACAGCAGAAGCUGCGCGUCUGCGAGGUCUGUUCAGCCUACCUUGGUCUCCACGACAAUGACCGUCGCCUUGCAGACCACUUCGGGGGCAAGUUACACUUGGGGUUCAUUCAGAUUCGAGAGAAGCUUGAUCAAUUGAGGAAAACUGUGGCUGAAAAGCAGGAGAAGAGGAAUCAGGAUCGACUGAGGAGGAGAGAGGAGAGGGAGCGGGAGGAGCGGCUGAGCAGGAGGUCUGGUUCAAGAACCAGAGAUCGCAGGAGGUCGCGCUCCCGGGACCGGCGUCGGAGGAGGUCAAGAUCUACGUCCAGGGAGAGACGGAAGUCGUCCCGGUCCCGGUCCCGAGACAGACACCGGCGCCACCGCAGCCGUUCCCGGAGCCACAGCCGGGGCCACCGCCGGGCUUCCAGGGACCUGAGUGCGAAAUACAAGUUCUCCAGAGAGCGGGCGUCAAGGGAGGAGUCUUGGGAGCAUGGGCGCAGUGAGCGAGGGGCCGCUGACUGGAGGCUGGAGAGCUCCAACGGGAAGACAGCUUCGCGGAGAUCGGAGGAGAAGGAGGCUGGCGAGAUCUAAGCCUACAUCUGGGCCUGUAAAUAGUCUGUUAAACGUUUGACACAGCCUAAAGUACCCCUUUAUAUUUGCUGAAUACACCUCAUCUUUUGUAGUUUACAAUUUCUAUUGUUUUGGAGCUAGCUGUGAGUUUCUAGAGAUGUACAGAGUUGCUCCUGUGUUCUGGGGUUAUGUUGAGUAGGAAUAAAUAAAUCUGACAGACGGCCUCCUUACUGCUGCGGUGGGGUCUCUGCUGUCCCUCCUGUGCUCUAGAGACUUCACCAUGGCCUUCCAUGGUUGAUGACACGCUGGAUGUCCUCCGUGAGCUUUAUUCACCCUCAGAAAUGGUGACCUCCUGUUAGACAUCGCUUUGAGUGUUGGCAUCUGACAUGCCUUGCCGCCCUGACCAAGCAGAGCGAGGUGUGCAGAGUUGUCUGUCUGCUGGGCUGGAUGUGUCCUUUCUGAGGGUCUGAGCUGCCCCGCCCCGCCCCGCCCCGCCCCGCCCCUCAGUGCAGACCACAGCAGGCUCUGUGGGGGAGGAGGGAGGUGCCCCAUCCUGCAUCCACUUCUCUGGAAGGACUGCCGGUCUAGUGUGCUGUUAGCAUAGCCUCAGCCUGCCUGGCUCCAGUGAACCACACUGCAGUUCCCCCUUCAGGAGUUACCUAAGGACAAAGAAAGGCCUUUGGACAGCAUCCACCUGGCAGCCACAGGGUCCUCAGAGGCAGGGGUUACUGAUUCGGGAUCAGGUUGUAGUUCGCCUCACACUCAGGAGAGGCUAGUGGUGUUCUCAUGCUCUCAGCUGUUCUGUCACACGAACUAAGAGACCAAAAUCAGCCCAUCAGCCCUUUGGGUUGGUUUAUUCUGGGAGGGAGCUUCUGACGGCCAAGUUGUGAAAACUGUCAUCCUCACCCCCUUAGUGCAGAGGUUGGGCCAAUAGGCACAUGGUCACUGGGUCUGGAUCUUGUGCCACCAGCACCGUGAAGUGACUGGUAGCCGUGCUGUGGACUCUGGUAUCGCAGUCUGUCCCCUUCUAGGAAGAUGUGUGGAUAGGUGGGUACUCCUGCAGCAUAGGUUUUCCCUGGCCCCCUGUCUCCACAGGGAGGAAGGGCAGUGUCAGUAGGGUGUCCGUGCCCUGCACUUGCCUGGGGUCCAGGCUGAGCCAGGAAGAAGGGGCCUUGCUGGAACAUCCAGUGGGAGGCUGCCAGAGAGCAAGGGGUAAACGUCGGCUUGGUAGGUGGUGUAGACACCAAGCUGGCUGGGUGGUGGAGGUGCGUCUUGGGUUUGGGAAGUAGAGGCAGAUUGGUGCAAAGCCACGAAUGGGUUAAGGGUAGUCCUAGGAGGGGAGGGGCGGAGGGAAUGAGGGCUGGGGUCCUGGGUGCCUGACUCGGCUCUGCAGUCCCGUGUGGGGAAUGCAGAGAAUGGUCUGAAGCAGGCAGGGACACCCUAGCUCAGACAGCGUGAGGGUGUGCUGCUAGGAGGCAGAGUGUCAGAAGGACCUCCUGCCUACACCCCCCAUCUCCUGGAGGGUUAGGCUUUAGAAAACAAAAGAAAAACAAAACUGGAGAACUGUAGUAAAAUACACACAAUUUACCAUUUCAACCUUUUUUGUUGGUUUGUUUAUUUACUUUUGAGAGAGAGUACGAGAGGGGUGAGGGCAGAGAGAGGGAGACACAAUCCGAAGCAGGCUUCAGGCUCCAAGCUGUCAGCACAGAGCCUGAUGCAGAGUUCGAACUCAGGAACCACCAGAUGAUGACCUGAGCCGAAGUCAGAUGCUUAACUGACUAAGCCACCCAGGUGCCCCAUUUCAACCAUUUUGAAGUGUGCAUUUGAGUGGUAUUGAGUGUGUCACCAUCCGUGGAGGGGUGGGUUUGAAAGGGCAUCCCUGGACUUAGUGAGAUCUCAGCCAUGAGCAUGAGGCUGAGGUCAAGGCUGCAGUUGCUCUCUUCACGUGUGGGCGCUCACCAGUCUGUAGCGGAGCAGGGAGUCUGGAGCUCUUAUGCUUGACUCUCCAACCUCGUUAUUGGAGGUGCCCACUGCCUCUGGUGCACCCCAGGCCCCUGAGCCUCGUGGCUUUCAAGGGUUCACCAAGCUCCCGUGUGCAGGAGUGCAGCGGACACACCGUCCUGUGUUCCAGGUGGGUGGAGAGGAGGAGGUGAUAUUGAUGGAGGCCACGCACGACACUCCCAGAGCUCCACAGCUCAUCCCAGGUGGGUUUCAACAGAGGUGAGCUCCUGGUCGGGGGGAUGUGGAGGGUGCCUAGAGAAAGUCACCCAUAAAUCAUGAAGUGGCUGGGACCAGAGUUCACCACCCCACCUUGAGUCCUUGCUAAGAAUACAAAAAUGUGGGAAAUGUUUAUGGAGAAGCAGGGAUGCAGGUCAGGGGGUAGUUGCAGUCCCUGAGGAGAUUUGGGUGGGCCAGGCCAGCAGGUGCAGGGCCUCCAGGACCCCAAGGUCAUAGUGGAAUCCAUGUUCCUUGGGACCACCCCAGGGCUGUGUGGUGCCCUCAGCCCCUCCCAGUUGCUGUUCCUUGAGGAUUUCCCCGCUACACACAGACCUGUCGAUUGGCAGAGGACAGAGUGACCAGUACCUAGUGUGGGUUGUGGCACCUUCUUACUGCGUAGAGGUCUGGGGCUACCUUCCAAACUCAAAAUGGGGGUCUCUAGCCAGGUCGAGGGCUGCCAUCUGAUGAGGGGAGGGUUGGAGAGAAUCUGUUGGCCUUGUUCCCUGCAUGGGAGCCCAUAGGAUCCAUAGCAGGGCCCAGCCCUGGGGAGCACCCACCCUAGGGUUCACUGGCCGGUCCUGGGCUCUCACUGCAUUCUGUGGCUAUGUGGAGAUCCUCCCUUAGGGUAAUGAGGUGCACUUGGCUGGGCCUGGGAGCUAGGAGAGCUCCCUGGGCAAGGUGGUACCCAUCUGUGAUUGGAGUAAGGGGGAGAGGGGCUGUGCACCAGAGUGCCUUGGAAGGGACCCUUAACCUAGAAAUGGGAUGGUGGCCACAGUGAGGGCUGGGAUCCGCAUAUGGUUACGCUCUGGUAAGAUUGGGACAGUUGAGUGGUUCUUAGACUUUUAACAGGUACCUUAAAACAGGUUGCUACCCUGCCUCCCCGCUUCGAUUUUCUGGGGAGGGGCCCCAGAAAGAAUGUAUUUUCAUUAUUUUGUAGGUCGAUUUUUUUUUUUCGUUAACAUAAAAUUCAACAUUUUGACCACUUGAAAGUGGUUUAUAAUCUAUUCCCAAUGUUAUGCUAUCUAGCACUAUGUAGUUGCAGAACAUUUUCAUCACCCCAAAAGGAAACCUAGUUACCAGUAGGCAGUCACUCUCUCGGACCCAGCCCUAGACCAUUGCUCAUCUACUUGCUGUGUCUGUCGAUUUACGUAUUGUGAACGUUUUCUGUACGUGAAAGCACGGUAAGUGACCUGUGACUAGCUUCUUUGACUGAGCAUAGUGUUUUGCAAGAUGGAUCCGCACCGUACCAUAAACGUAACCCUCGAGAGCUGGAGUGGGGGCAGCAGGGUGUUGGGGGCCAGGAGUGGCACCAGCUUCAAACCCUGAAUGACCUCUCUGGGAUGUGAAGUGAGAUGCUGACUCAAAGAAGGGCCCCCAGCUCUUGGCAUCAGGGCACACGCCAAAGGUAAUACUUGGACCUUAGGAAAGGGGGGUUGAGGAGUCACGUCCUCAGUUGAUGACACCAUUAAAUCCUCUGUCCGCUGCACAGUCCGUAUGCCAGCACCCCAGACAAGCCCUCCCCUACUUUCCGCACAUGCCCUGGGCAUCCUCUGGCACAUGAGGCUAUGUGGUGCCACGUCGCCCUGCAUGUUAUAUCACUGCUGACAAAGCUGAUGGCUACUUAAUGGAUGGGCACAAGGUCUGGCGGGUGGCCGUGGUCCCUGACCCAGCCCAUGCAGGAGGACUGACCAUCCUCACAGGAGUGCCAGUGCUCCCUGCAUAACACAGAUCCACAAGGAAGGCUGAGGGGAGACCCUGGGGGUCACCGGAUUUCCUGGGCACCUGAAGCUCUCUAGCGCUUUCUGGCCCUUUGUUCCUGCCCUUCACUCUUUUCCCUCCUUGGGGCUAAUACAGCUGAGCCUGUGGGCUGGGGCUACCCUCCCAAGGCAGUUGUGCAGGGGUCACUGCCAGGGGAGGAGCAGUGGUGAGAGCUCGUGAAGAAGACUGCCCCCACCACUGGACCCAGACACCUUCUUUUUGUCUUUAUGGAGAUAUAAUUGAUAAAUGGUGUUCUGUUAAUUUUAACAACACACAUAUAUGUUGCAAAAUGGUCACCACGGGAAGUCUGCUUAACAUCUGUCUUCACAAAUUGUUUUCUGGUGGUGAGGACCGCUAAGCUGUACUCUGAGCAGCUUUCAAAUAUACACUAUGGUGUUAUUGUAUAUGUAAUAAUGUAACUAUGUAAUAAGGUACAGUAUUGUAUAUAUAAUGCUGUAUAUGUAACUAAUAUGUAAUACGGUGCCAUGUUACUAUAUAUAUAAUUUGGUAUAUAUAAUUAGGUAAUAAUAUAGUGUGUUAUUUGCAUAAUACUGUAUGUAAUUAUGUAGUAUAAUACAGUGCAGUAUUAUAUAUAAUACUGUAUAUGUAAUGUAAUGAUAUGUAAUACAAUGAAGUGUUCUGUAUAAAAUGCCAUAUGUAAUUACUAUAUAUGGAAUACUGUGUAUAUAUAUAAUUAGGUAACAUAUAAUACAGUGCAGUAUUAUAUAUGUAAUACUAUGCAUGUAAUUAUGGAACAAUACAGGAUAGCAUUAUACAUAAUAUUGUAUAUGUAAUUACAUAACCUAUAAUACGGUGAAGUAUAUAUAUUUGUAAUAGAUGCAUGUAAAUAUAUGAUGCAAUUAUAUAUAAAUAUAACUAUAAUACUGUAUAUUAUGUAAUAUAUAAUACAGUAUGCUUACUGUAUGUGGAAUACUGUGUAUGUAAUUAUGUAAUAAUACACAAUGCAGUAUUACAUAUUCCUAGGCCUUUUUCUGAGGCUGCUGGAACCUUCUUUGGAGCUCUCUGAAGGUCCAGCGUGCCUGGGACUCCAGACGAGUCAGCUACUGGCUGGGCGCAGCCUCUCCCUACAGAAGAGGGCACGGAAGAGUUUAGAGAAUAAGAAGCAAGCUCUGCAUGUCCACCUGGGUCAGGAAGUGGAACGGUGUCUCAGCUCCUGGGAAACCCCCGUCUUUCCUUCGCGGCCCCUCUGUCUUCCCAGAGGUCACGGCCUCCCGACAUGUGGCAGUCUUUGACACAUUCGUUAUUUCAUUGGUUUCUGAAGACCAGGAGUCAAGACACAGCUCAACCAAGUUCUCCCUCACAGGCUGCAAUCGAGGGGUCUCCUCUGGGGCUGUUCUGGAGAAGGGUCCACACUCACAUGGUUGCUGGCAGCAUUUAGCUACCUUCUGGGUGUCAACAAGAGGUCCACCCCAUGGGGCAGCCACAGCAUGGCAGCUUGCUGCUUCAAGCCAGCAAGAGAGACAGUCUCCAAGCAAGAGAGGCGUUAUUAAUCAUGGAAGCGACAUCCAGUCCCCUUUCAGAAUUUUGUGGGUUAAAAGCAAGCCGUAGCAUCCACUAGCAUUGCCACAGUUCAAAAAAGAAAAAAAGGGGAAAAGGAAGAAAGAAAAUAUAAUUGCUGGUGAAGAUGUGGAGGAACUGGAACCCUAAAUACUGCUGGUGGAACACAGAAUAGGUCAGCUACUGUGGAGAAGAGUCCGGCAAUGAGUUCCUCAACGAGUUAGAAUUAU